AGGAAAGUACUUGGCAACUCUUAGCUGGUGGCCAUUUUUACAAUCGUCGUCGGUCGUAUCAAAUUGGGUUUCGUAUUUUAAUCAGAAAAAUAUUUUUAUUUUUCAUUUAAUACAUAUUUUGGAAAUUUUUCAUAAAAUAAAUCAUUCGCAACUCCUUUUAAAUUUAAGGAGUUUAAAAUAUUCGAAAAAAUAGAACUACAAUUUCAAACACAAAAGUUGACGUCAUAAGUUUUUUCUGUGCCAAACGAAACUUGGUUCGUGUGUUCGCUCGCACCACAAGUAAAAGAAAAAGUCGCAAUAAUUCGUAAUUUUUACGAAAAAAACAAGAACUAUCGUAAAAUUUUAUAUUAUUUUUGAAAUUAACAAAUUCUUAUUAAAUAUUAACAAAGAGAAAUAAUUUUCUUUGGGUAAAAUUUGUAAACAUGGCUCAGUAAAAAUGUCUAAAUUAAAAUUAAAUAAAGUUACAAAACCUCCAUGUGGAGACAAAGUUCGUCGCAUUAAAUCUUCGAAAGCGAAGAGGGCAAGUGGUAGUAGAAAAACUUCCAAGGAUUCUUUUAAAUUUCAUCAGUGUCACCAGUUGGAAACCGUUCAGCUGAUUUCUUUAUCUUCUAUCUAUUUCUAUAAUAAGUAUAACAACAAUAACAAAAAUGGACAAGGACAACAAGAAACAAAAUUAUUCUUCAAGAACUGGCAAUACGAGAACAUCCAAUCAAACAACUGAUUCAAAUUGUCAAAAAUCAUCUUCUGAUAUACAAACAAAUAAACAUUGGCCAAAAAACUCACGUCGUCGUGAAAACCCCUCAACAUCGGCACGCAAUAACAACAACAGUAAUAGUAAACAACAACAAUCAGCAAAAGUACGUCCGAAUGUGGACAAAAGACCACGUGCCCGAGGCUAUAAUGGCUACAACAACAACAACUCCGGUGGCUCAUAUCGUGGCUCUAACGAAAAUCACUUUACUACCGGCACCGGAUUAGGGUAUGGGGAUACAACGUUCUAUGGAGCAGCUGUAGAACGUUUUGAGCCCAACGAUUAUGAGCUAAAUUCCAUUUAUGCUCCCGGCAGCAAGAAACAGAAUUUAAAUCAUUUAUUGAAUUUUUACUAUACUCCACGUGAAGUGGACUAUUACGAUGGUGUUAACAGCGCUGGUAAUGGUGGUAGCGGCAAUGGUUAUAACCAACGUCAUGGUCAUGUUAAAAGGCAUAAAUACAAUAAAGAACAGUUUUUACAAGCAAACUUUCAAUUUGUUAUAAAAUCAUCGGCUAAACGUAAAACCGAUGACUCGCCAGACACCCUCAUCGAUUGGUCUUUAAUCGAACAGAUCAAUAUACAGACACCCGAUGAACCACAGUGUCCCAUUUGCUUAUAUCCACCAGUGGCUGCUAAAGUAACACGUUGUGGUCAUGUCUAUUGCUGGCCUUGUGUUUUACACUAUCUUUCUCUAAGUGACAAGACCUGGCGUAAAUGUCCCAUAUGUUAUGAUGCCAUACAUGUGGGUGAUUUAAAAAGUGCUUCUAUUGUUCAACAGCAAGCCUUUAAUGCUAACUCUCGCAUAACCUUCCGUUUGAUGCGACGCAAAAAGGGCUCUUUAUUCAUAGAACAAUAUGAUGGCGAUAAAAAUGAAGAAAAUAUCGAAAAAUAUCCAUAUGUCAGUAGUCCCCUGAAAGAGAAACUAUUCUCGAAGUUCAUAUUAGCAAAACGUAGUGAUGUAGCUGAUAUCUUAUCGCGCGAACAAAGAGAACUACUGACAGAUGUGGAUGAGUCUUGUCCAGAAUAUGUAUUCAUACAACAGGCCCUUGAGUUGUUAAAAGAACGAACAGAAUUACUGGGUGACAUCGAACUAAAGGAUGAGGAAAAAUAUAAAUCUGAAGAAAUUGCUGAAAACAUCGAGGAAAAAGGCAAAUUUGAAGUAACUGCACAAGAAGGGCUUAUAAAUGACAAUAUCAGUAAUAUUGAACAUGCAGAACUUCAAGCUAAUAAUGAGCUAAAAGAAACUGAAGAAGCUACGGACUCCAACAAUGAGGCUUUAAAUAAACAAGAAAUCAAUGCUGAAGAAGAAACUUCAGAAACGUCUUCUAAUACUGAUACUAUUUCAUAUACUCAAACAGCAUGUGCUCAAAAGUCAUCGCCAAAUAAAUUUUAUUAUUUCUAUCAAUCUGAGGAUGGUCAGAAUAUUUAUCUACAUCCAUUAAAUGUGAAAAUGUUGCAGGCUUGUUAUGGCACCUUAGCCGAUGCACCUCCUGUUAUUAGUGCUCGAAUUAUACAAAAGGAACAGCAUUCAAUGGAUGAAGAUCAUCGUCGUAAAUUUACCUGUUUAGGCCACUUACCAUUGACUUGCCAAUUUGCUGUAGUGGAAAUUGAAUUGCAACCACCUUAUGUCACCGAGGACAUAAUACAAGCCUUCAAGGGCGAUAUAUUGUUUCGCAAAAAGGAACGUCAACGCCGCGCUAGGGAAGAACGGGAACGUGAGAAGCACAUAAAUGCCAUAAAUGAGCGGCAGAUGGGAAAACUUGUAGCUAGUACAGCUAAUAUAAAUAUAACAUCGUCCCAUGAAUUUCCAACGUGUGGUUUCGAGGAAUCUCUAGUGCCCGCCAGCGACCUAGAUAUGACCGAUAAUGUUCCCUCAACUUCUAAAGGUGGACGCACUAAAACUGUUAGCACCAGUAGUGCUGGCAGUUGCAGUUAUUCUGCUAUUGCUAUACACUGCAAAAAGGAACAUACACCUUGGGCUAAUCUAAAUGCAGCUCAAAUGAAACCAACUUUAGCUGCUGCUGCUGGCAAUCAGUUAACAACCGAUGAUGGCGAGACUUCCAUUUUGAAUACUAUACAAACUAAUUUAGGCGAUGUUUUGGCUCAAGCUUUAUCGCAAAAGAAGGAAAGAAAAUGUACAACAAAAGCCAAUGAAUCAACCAAUAAUAACAACUCAAAUGCCACUGGUGGUAAUAAGAAAUCGAAAAAAACUAAGAAAAUGCUUCCUCUAUAUUCUACCGGCAUGAAUUUUGGUGGUAACAACUAAAGCAGAAAACUAAACUUUUAUUUUUGUUUGUUUUUAAAAAUUGAUUUUUAUUUAAGAUGUCUAUCUAACUAUAGUUUCGUUUUUUUGUGAAGUGAUUUAAGAAAUCUAUUAAAUAUUAUUAUUUAACCAUUAUA